AUGGAUAAGAAUGACAUGAUGAUAGUAGUCAUUGGGGAGCUGGAGUCAGAUUCUGAGACCAUAUUGGAGGCGACUGAAACUGGAACAAUUAUAUUUAAAAAUGUUUCAUGUCAGACGGACCUUGAAUACACCAGUAAGACUUCCAUCCCAUUAAUAUUUUGUAGCCUGUUACCUGCCAUUGGUGAAGCCUCCACUCAGGCUGACAUUCCUGUUAAAGUUAGUAUUGGGAUAUCUACAGAUUGCAGGGAUACCACCCCAUCUUUAUACACAAACAGUGAGAUAAAAGUAAAAACAGAGCAACCAGAAAAUCCAGCUACGAUUACCAAUAAAGAUGUCCACCUGGAACAGACAAUUGAAGAUGUGAUUCUUGGUUUUUCUGCUAAUAAAGAGAACCAACGUGUUGACCUGCCUGGCGACCACAUGGACAGUGAUGGACUUGCUGAUGAAGCUGCCCUCUCUUUAUACUCGAAAGAUGAUGAAAAAAACCCUGAAGACAGUGAAUUUAGCUCAGAUAAUGAUGUUGCCUUCUGGCAGAAAAUGAAGCUAAAAUCGAAAAAAAGGAGGAAAUACAAGACAAAAUCAGGUUAUUCUGAAAAAAAAAAGUAUCUGAAAUAUCCUGCAGACUUUAGUAAUUAUGGUGUCAAGAUACCACAUGAAGAUAACCAUUCCUCUGUUAGCAAGAUGUCAUCCUUCCCACAACAGUGUGUGGAGCAACAGCCAGAGCAAACUGAGGAAGGUAAGGAGGCAGUGAAAGAAAUGAUCAGUAUUAAGGAAGAAGUUGAGGUUAAUAUGGAUGAUUGGAUAACAGAUGAUGAAAUGGAUGCCGAAGAAGAAAUGGAUAUAGAUUUAGCUUUUAAGUUAGAAUGGAAGAAAAAACGUCAUCCUUAUAACAGUAAGGAGAAAAAUUUUGUAUGUGAGGUAUGUGGUAAAUUAUACUCAAAGCAUCAUUACUUGAGGGAACACAUUGUUAGAGACCAUAGUGAACAUGAACAGGCCAAGAAAUACCCAUACUGCUGCCAGCACUGCAAGAGACUGUACAGUGGUGAACGACAGCUAAUAUAUCACCAACAGCAGCAUAGGGGCCCUUGUGAGAUCUGUGGUGUGAUGCUGAGGUGCAGUGGUCUUUUCUGGAUCCACAGAAGAAAUCAUGAUUCACAGUGUGACGUUUGUGACAAAGUAUUUCAAACAAGAAGUUCUCUAGAUAUGCAUAUGAAACUUAAACACUCAGAAAAGACAGUUCCCUGUCCAUUGUGCCCUAGAAUGUUCCCAUUCAAAUUUCUCAUGAAUAAGCAUGUUGACAAGGCACACAAUUCAGAAACGCCACCUCAACAUGAGUGUAGUGAAUGUGAUUUUAGUGCAAGGACAGAAGGUGCUCUUAAUAUUCACCAAAGAAGGAUACACAAUAAAGUACCUAAAAUGUACAAAUGUAGUAAAUGUCUUGCUCCAUUUUGGACUAAAAUUUCUUUUGAUAAGCAUAUGGAUGUUCAUAAUACUGAAAAUGGUUUUACUUGUCAGAUAUGCAUGCAAACUUUUAUAUCAAAGAAUGAUCUGUAUACACACAAGAGAACUGCUCAUGGUGGGUCCUCCAGUGACAGCAUAAUUGUUGAGCAGCAGGCAUUGACUGACCAGUUACAUAGCAAAAUUAUGAUGUCUAACCCUUGUGAAAUGUGUAAUAUAAUGUUUCCUACCCGAAAAAAACUCAACCGUCACCUUUUGAAAACUCAUGCUAUUGAGAUUGAUGUACCCCAAGAGCCAAAGGAAGUUGUAGAGGAAUCUAUCCAGUUGGCAGAAAUGGAUGAAACUGCAGUCGCUGUUAUGCAGAUUGAUGUAAAUAAUGAAGACUUUCAGUCAGAAGAACCUAAAGAGGAACAGACCAUUUUCAGUUUUGCUGAAAGUAUCAGUUAUCAGGGAACUAGAUCAGCCUUGUUAAUGCCAGCCAAUGUUGUUCCCCCAGAUGUUAAUAUAGUGGACAUUGAUGGUGUGCAGUAUCAUGUCAUCAGAGGCAACCAGUAGAAUAAAGUAAUUUAAUGUGUAAGAACUGAUGGUGUACAUUAAAGAAAUUGUACUUGUGACUUACUGGUGUGCAGUGUCAUAUCCUAAGCAACCAUUAGAAUAAGCUAAUGAAAUAUUUAUUUAUGAAUUCCUUUUGUGCAGUACAUCAUUGAGAAGUAACCAUUAUCAAUCUUCUCAAUUUGCUCAAUAUAAAUAUACCUCAUUGGGAUGGUAUCUGUCUUCCAGUUACUGGAUAUGAAAUGCUUUAUUUUAUAAGCACAGGUUGCAAUUAAACAAAUGUGCACUACAGUACAUACUACAUGAUGGACAUUUUGAAUAUAAAUUUAAUGCUUUUGAAUUAAGUUUGUAAUUUUCUGCUCACUUUUACUUUACAAAUUUAAAAUGCUUAUGUUGACUUUUUCUUUUUAUAAGUGCCACAAAUAUUUUUUGUAUGUAGAGAAAUAAGCAAAUGUUGAUUUGUUGUAUAUUUUUUUUACCUGUGCAGCAUACACGCACACAUUUUUUUUUUAUUAAACAUGUUAAUAUAGGUAGUGAUGAGAUAUGGAGUGUAGUACUGUAUUUUACUGUUUAUUAUUCAUGUAGAUUAUUUCUGAUAUACAGUACAGUAAAUACAGUACAGUACAAGUACAGUGGAGCCUCCAUUAACGAGCGGUUCAAUUUACGAGAUUUCAGUUAACGAGUUACCUCCUGUAAGGUCUUUCAGUUUUAUUAAUGAGUACAAAUUCUAUUAAUGACAUCCUUACGAGAAACACGUUUUGGUGUGCGCAUCUGCUGAUCGACUCGCCCACCAAUAAUCUGUUCUCUCUUUAGCUUUGUUUCCAGUGGAGUAAACACCGAGAAAGUUGUGCUCUUGAAUAUUUUUGCAUUUUUACAUUAAAAUUAAUGGUCACUCUGAAAUUUAGUAAACAUAUUGACAAUAAACACUGCAGUGUUGGCUUAAAUAAAAAAAUCAAGAAUUA